AUGAAUUCAGUUUUAGGAUCUCAGGAUUUCUGCAUCAAGCAAGGUGGAUGGCAAAAACGAUUUAUGCACUUAAAAUUGUUCUCUUCACUAAACAUGUCUCAACGAAAAUUGAAAGAAAUGAAAAGGGUUGCACAUUUUAUCAGCCUCAUAUAUGUUCGCUUUUGGCACGAAGCAAUUGUGAGUCAAUGGGCUCCAAAAAAUGAUUUGGAUAUGCUGCAGCUUCUGAAUAUUUACCCAGAUAUAGAAGUCAAAGAAAGUGCUCCUACUGUUGCUAAGAGACACUUGUGGUAUUUGUCAGAAACAAACGUGGGAUUGGCUUUUUUGGAUAAACGUAUUAGUUAG